AGCAGAAAGUGACAAAUAUAAACAGUCGGACGCCUGUGUUGAAGGAAAUUACCUCCCGGGACCACUGGCACGUCGCCAGCACAAAGACAUUCAUCUGUUUUGUGUGGCGUCUGACUCACGGACACAACGGAGAGGAGGAGGGAGGGGAGAAUGAGAGGGCGAACAAGACGGGAGAGAGUGAGCAGAACACAGGCUGCGAACACGAGGCAGCAACUGGAAACGGGAGAGAGGCAGGGAAGCCACAACAUCUGAGAGUUUUAAACCUAUGAUAGCGGUAAAGGAUGCGGAGCAAGACUGGGGGGGUCCUCCAACGUGUGGAAGAAAACAAAUUCCACAUCAUGGACUGCGUCAGACAGAGACAGAUUUAGGUUUUGCAGCAGAGGGAGGGCCUUCUUCGUCACUUUCUUCCUCGGGGAAGGUGGAAAUAUAAAGACGAGAUCGGGAAUGUUGAAAAAGACACUUACGAAAGUGGUGCGCAAAGUCUGAAAUGCAUUGGGUGUUAGGUUGAACCGUUUAUCAGCACAAAUUGUUGCUUUCUUGUACAGCCUGGGAAACAAACUUAACCUUCAUGAGCAGAGGAUGCACUGGAUGACAGUUUCAACUGCCUGGGAAACUGCCUGGUCACAUUUUUCCCUGGAAGUACUUAUAAUGUUGGGAUUACUGCCAGCAUUGGAGUUUGUAGCGUUGGACCUGUUUUCAGUGGAUCCUCGACCAAUUUUCAGCUUUUUCUUUUGGUUUGUACACUGCACAAGGGAUGAGACAUCCUGUUCACUGACCCCGGGCUGUCCCACACCACCCUCUUCCCUCGGCUGUGGGACCCAGUGACCAUGCUGACCGAGUGUCCACCGCCAGAAAGAUCAGAGCCCCGAUCCACGCUCAGGCCUGCUGUGACCUCUGCAGCACCAUGUCCCAGGCAGUCGUGGCUCCAUUUGAGACUAACGGCUCACGGCCAGGAGAAGAGUCUGAAGUUCAGCUGAAAUGGGCUGCCCUGCUUAUUGUCAUGGUCAUCAUUCCCACUAUCGGAGGCAACAUCCUGGUCAUUCUCGCUGUGUCCCUUGAGAGGAAGCUGCAGAACGCCACCAACUAUUUUCUGAUGUCACUUGCUGUUGCUGAUCUACUGGUGGGACUCCUAGUGAUGCCCAUUGCCCUUGUCACUGUUUUCUACAACACUGGCUGGCCUCUUCCUGAGUUCCUCUGCCCCAUUUGGCUCUUCCUCGAUGUGCUGUUUUCUACAGCGUCCAUCAUGCACCUAUGCGCCAUUUCACUGGAUCGCUACAUUGCCAUCAAGAAGCCGAUCCAACACAGCCAGUACAAAUCCAGGGCCAAAGCAUUGGUGAAAAUUGCACUGGUGUGGCUCAUAUCCAUUUGUAUCGCAAUCCCGAUUCCUAUUAAGGGGCUUAGGAACUACCAUCUUCCCAACAACAUCACCUUCAAUAGUAACCACACAUGCAUGCUGAAAACAGACACCUUCAGGGAGUUCAUCAUGUUUGGCUCCUUGGCAGCAUUUUUCAUCCCUCUGACCAUCAUGAUGGUCAUCUACCUGCUUACUGUCCAGGUGUUACGCAAAAAGGUUUAUUUGCUCAGGUCAAAGGUGACUCAGAGGGUCUCCACAGUUUUCCAAAGGGAACAGGGUGGGACCUCGCCCCAGGCUGAGCAACUGAACAUGCUGGACAACAGACUUCCAAGGAUACAAGAAAAAUCGAAUGCAGACUCAACAAACUCUCCUCCCGGAGGUGAAAUGAGCUUUCGCAGAAUGUCAACGAUGGGCAAGAAGUCAAUGCAGACUCUGAGCAAUGAGCAGCGCGCCUCAAAGGUGCUCGGCAUCGUCUUCCUUCUUUUUGUAGUGAUGUGGUGCCCUUUCUUCAUUACAAAUAUCACCUCUGUGCUAUGCACCAGCUGUGAUGUAAAUGUAGUUGCCCGCCUCAUGGAGAUAUUUGUUUGGGUUGGAUAUGUGUCAUCAGGUAUCAACCCGCUGGUCUACACCCUUUUCAACAAAACUUUCAGGCAGGCGUUCGCACGUUACAUCACUUGUAAUUACAAAAACUGUGCUGGUGAUGGGCCAGGAAGCCACCAAAGGGCCUCAAACGCAGAUCGGCCCCUAACACGGAUUUCAUUCAAGUCUUCCAUGGCAGAAAACUCUAAACUGUUCAUGAAACACGGAAUGAAGAACGGCAUUGGAGCAGUGAGCUACCAAAGUCCAUUAAGGUGUCGACAAACACCUGCACAGUCAGCCAGUGGCGUUGUGUUAGAUACAAUGAUUCUGACGGAAAACGAAGGUGGUAAGUACGAAGAACAUGUCAGCUGUGUGUAGAAAGAUUUGAAAAAAAUGAUUCAAUUAAUAAUGGAGCACUUGAAGUGCAUCAGAUUUGUGUUGCAAACAUUUCUUCUUUUUUCCUUUUUAAAGACAAAAUGCCUCGCCACCAAAAUUUAAAAUGCAUAAUUGGAACCUGCAGUUGCUCAACCAAUAAUUUAACGCCAGGACUUACUCUUCACUACACAACAGAAUCUUACCAGUUAAUGUUAACAAGCAAUGUCUUUAUAGCAAAUGCAAUACAAGGCAAUGUUUGUAAGUAUGUCAGGCAGUAACACUAUGAAUUCUCAAACACGGUGAGACUGUUCAUACCACACACAAGGAGAGAAAAAAUUAAUAAAAUUUUAGGCCACCAGACGAAAAAAUGUGAGCAAUGGAAUCCUAUUGACAACCUGGAAGUCUUAUGAAUGAAGUAUACAAUAUAUUCUAAUGCUGAGCCUUUCAACUAUCUGAACAUUCUGUAAACCAUCUCAGACCACAUGCUUAUAUUUUAAGACAGCCACAAACAACUCUACCUUCCAAAUCUCUUCUGCACUUAUAAUGCAUUGCACUCCUGAAAUUAUACUUGUUGUAUUUGCUGCAUCUUUUAUGAUCUUGAAUGUGUAUUACAGUCUGAUGUUUUGACAUGUAUAAAGGUUUCCAAAUAAAAGAGUGUAUAUAAAAAAAGGACAAAAUCUAAAAUAAACAGAAAGCAAAGUUUUUAAAUAAAAUAUUUGCUGUCUGGCUGAACUCAAAGAAAAAACGCUACCUGAGUAUCUGUGUUCUUUCACUGCCAGAUUGUGUGCCCAUUUUGGAAAAAAUAACUUAAUUAUGAACAAGUGUUAACCAAAGCACAUCACACAACCAUAUU